AUGUCAGCCGGAGAGAAGCCCACAACCGGCGCUCCCAACAGCACCACCGGCCAAGCCGAAACGGCUGUCGUUCCUGAGAACAAAGAGGUCGCCAGCGAGCCUGGUCCAGCCGCGGCCGUCGCCGUCGCAGCGACCGCCCAACCUUCCGCCAACGGAGAUACAACUCCUGCCGCCAAGCCCGACGAGACCGCCGCCGCAACUGAGACGGAGUCGAAGCCUCCCGCGGCGCCCAUCCAACAGCUGUGGCUUUUAGCCAAGGCGCACGAAUAUCCAGAGAUUUGGGGCGUGCAAUUAGCGGAUCCGGAAACACAUGUGCCCUCGCAGGUCGUCUUCCAGAAAUUCCUCAACGCCUACGAUGGAGACCUCGCUAAGGCCAAGGAGACUCUGACCAAAACCUUGGACUGGCGUAAAGAGACCAAGCCUCUGGAUCUCCUCAGCAAGGCUCACGCCAAGGGGAAGUUUGAUGGGCUGGGCUACGUGACUAGCUAUGGCAGUGAGACUGGCGAGCCAGAGUCUAAAGAGGUGUUUACCUGGAACAUCUACGGCGGUGUGGAGGAUAUUAACAAUACCUUUGGCGAUUUGCCCGAAUUCAUUAGCUGGCGUGUCGCUCUCAUGGAGCUUGCUCUCCGUGAGCUGUCUAUCUCUACUGCCACCAAGCCUAUCACGGCCGAGUAUGAUCCUUACAAGAUCUAUCAAGUUCAUGACUACAAGUCCAUCUCAUUCUUCCGUCAAUCCCCCAAAGUCAAGUCGGCAUCCACCGAGACGAUCAAGGUUUUCGCGGCCAACUACCCGGAACUGCUCAAAGAGAAGUUCUUCGUCAACGUUCCCGCAAUCAUGGGCUUUGUGUACGGCUUCAUGAAGAUGUUCGUUGCUGCCAAAACCAUCAAGAAGUUUCAUCCGAUGAGCAACAGUAAGAUCAUGGUGAAUGAGUUUGGUGAUAGCAAGGUCCAGUCGCUCGGAGAGCAACUCCCACCUGACUACGGCGGAAAGGGUGACGAACUCCCCAAGGUCGGGAAGCAGCCACAUCUCGAAUAG